UAGCCGUUGUUGGACGCUGGGCUUCCUCGACCGAGAAACGUGGUGAGCUAGAGGGCUAGCUGGCGUGUCGCUGUAGCAGGGUGUUUAUCGACAUUAUUAGCUAUGACGGAAGGCAAGAAAACGUCAAAGCCGGCCAAAAGGUUGCUCGCUCUGAACCCCAGCGAGGAUGCCGAGUUCCAGAAAAGAGUGCAGCAAGUGAAAAAACGGCAGAAAACGGUCCUGAGCCCCGGCGUGGUGUACGUGGGCCACCUGCCCCGUGAGCUGGCCGAGCCACAGCUCAGAGCUUACUUUUCGCAGUUUGGCAGAGUUCUGCGGCUACGAUUAUCGCGGAGUAAAAAGACGGGUCGCACCAAAGGCUACGCCUUUGUGGAAUUUGACUGUGACGAAGUUGCAAAAAUUGUGGCAGAGACCAUGAACAACUACCUUAUGGGGGAGAGGCUGAUCAAAUGUCAUGUCAUGCCUCCUGAGAAGAUCCAUGAAAAACUCUUUGUUGGUUGUCAGAAGUUAUUUGUGAAGCCCUUCGGACCUGCACGAGCACGCUAUAAUAGGGGCCACAGCCCAAAAGACAUGAACAAACUUACUGGAAAGCUUCUAAGCAAAGAAUCCAAGCUUCGGAAAAGACUGGCGUUAAAGGGCAUUGACUACGACUUUCCAGGAUUUGCAGCUCAAGUUUCGGCAAAGAAGGCCCAGUCAGAUGCUGAUGCAUCCACGUGCAGUGAGGACACCACGCCUCUCUGCACCCCUUCCGUUUUAGAGAAGAGGAGGACUGUCGCUGCUGAAGAGGAUGACGAUGACGAGAUUGUCCUCAAAACCCAGCCUACAUCAGGGAAUGAUGAAGGCAGUGAUGAAAACACGGAGGAGGAUGAUAAGGAUGAUGAAGAGGAGGAACAUUAAAAUAAUGGAUCAUGCCGUGACAUUGCUUGAUCCUCUGCUCUGUGGAGGGACUAGGUACAUGAGGAUGACUUCACAAGAGAGUCUUCACAAAACCGUAGCUGUUUGUGUGUGGAGGUUUUUCUGUUCAUUUCACAGAUGAAAAACUGAUGCGCACAGCUAAGGUCCUGGUUGUAAUUAAUAUGGCAUAAGGAACCUUCUCAUUCAAAACAGAAGUUUAUGUGGAUGUCUGUGGCUCUUUAAUGGCUAUGAUGUAGCUUCUCAGUUUAGUGCGUUGUUAAAACAACGCAAUGCUUUAAACAGUCAUUGAUCAUCAAAUAUGAAGAAAACAGACCUAUAACCUGUAAGAUUUUUUUGGGAAGGAGACAGAUUUUAAGAUGCAAGUUCCAGUUCUUGGAACUGAAUAGAACUUGCAUUAUGUUCAUUACAUUAUUGAAAACAGGACUUGGUGUGCAUUACAGUAUCCUGUACAGAUCAAAGAAGCAGACCAACACAUUAAUGUGGUAUGUGGUUUGGUAACAUUUGGAAAAGUUGAAACUCCCUGUACUUUGAUGUAAUAUACUUGCAAACGCUUGAUUUAAUAGAUGUAAGUACUUACAUUUAAUGUCUAAAAUGAGUAGAAUUAAGUCAUUGCAGGUUUACUGUAAGCAUUGGAGUCUCAUAUAGAGCUAUACAGCUUAAUGACAUGCUAAAUGCUUACGUUGCUCGGACCAGCUGACAAGUGCUGACUGAUGCAUGUGUUGUCAACAUAUUUACACUUCCUAAAUAAAAAUGAAAAGAGAAUGCAAUAAAUGUAUGCUUUAUAGAGUUCUUAAAUCUAUCUUUCAUGUUCUUGUAAAGUGUUUGAAAUACUAACUCAACCAAGUAAAGGUUUAUAUACUUUCUCAUAAA